AUGCACUGCCUGGCCACAAAAAGCAUCAAAAACCUGAAAGCGGCGCAAGUGGGCGACUUUCUGGCAAACAACUUUUUUGUGCCAGUGUACGGCGACGAGGUGAUGCCGGUGAAACCUGACGUUGCUCUGAAAACAGGUCGCUUUAAUAAAGUUGAUUUGAUUUACGGCGUCACCCGCAACGAGGGCUCCUCUUUCGCUGCACCGAUUCUCCCUGAAAUGGCCAACCCGUCGUACAACUACACCUUUGAAACUGCCAAAGCUGCAAUCCUCAAAAUGCUGGCCAUUUAUCGGGUGAACCGAGUGGAGGCGCUUGAAAUUGCCGACUUUUACCUCAAAAAUGGAACUCAUUUCACUCAAAACCAGUUCCGCGUGGCGCUGAGCAACGUCUGGGGUGACCGCCACCUGGUCUGCCCGACGGUGCUGAUGGCCGAAGAGAUGGCCCGCCACAAUCAACCGUUAUCAUCACCUCAAAAUGGCGACAAAACCUCCAAGUUCUACGCCUACCGACUGAUGCAGUCCUUUGAGCCUCCGCCGACCGGAACUCCCGCCUGGGUGGGCGUCACCCACGGCCAGGAUGGGUCGUUUAUCUUUCCUGAUCCGGCAAAACAUUUGAGUCCCGUUCAGAAACAGCUGAGCGAUAAUAUGAUUCAGGCGUGGGCGGCUUUUGCCAAGACGGGAACGCCUACUUCAAUGAAAACUACUGGUGCAAGUUCUGGAAACGGGACCACUGUUUGGGAAGAAGCGUUUAA